GCCAUCGCCGCCGCGUCUCAGCCCCGGCCCGCAAACUAGCCGCCCUUUCUGAGGCCCGCUGGUGGCAAGACACAGCCUCUCGCUUUCCGCCUGAGUGUGACCAGGCAGGAGAAGGGCGUCCCCCGGCAGCACCACUUGCCCUAUCCGGUCCUCAGCCAAACACGCCCCGCCACCCGCCAUGUUUUCGUAAACGCUCACUUGCUUUUUCGUCUCGCGGGACCAAAGCGUUGUGCACAUGCGCAGAUGACCCCUUUGUCAUCUCCCCGCACCCCCCACUAUUUCCAGGAUUGCCGACUGACACCGGUAACCAUAGAGAUAGACCAUAUAGAGUUGCGCUCGCUUCCUGUCCUUCUGUUUUGACAUUUUAUGCUAUAGGACGAGCAAAACCGUGUCUGCAAUCCAAAAGCACUAAUUGCUGUGACGAGUACUUUGGGAAUAGGAAAUGGAGUCUGCCUAUCUCAAAAAAUGCCUAGGCAGGUGCUUAGCUGAGGGACUUGCCGAGGUGGCUGAACGUCGGCCAGCAGACCCAAUACUGUACUUGGCCUUCUGGAUUUAUAAAUAUCGCAAGAAUAUGGAUGAAGCACUACAGAGGAGACUUGAAAGGGAAGAUCUGGAGCGAGAGCGAGAGGAGGCCCAAAAAGAAGUGGAAAUGCUAGAAAAAAUGAAAGAAGAGGAACUUUUGAUUCAGCAGAAGCUUGAAGAAGAGAGACAGGCACAGAUGGAACAAGAACGUGAAGAACGGGAGAGAUUAGACAGAGAAAAAACAGAAGAGGUCCUAUCGGACCAGAAACAACAAUCAGAGGUGGAGGCAAAGGCAGCUGCUGAAAAAGAGACACCAUCAAAGACUAUUGCUGAGCUGACAGACAAAUAUGGUGCUCCUCAUUUGACUAGAGUUGAUGAGAUAGAUGAAAUGGAGCAAUCUGGAGAGGAGUGGGACUGAGGUAAUCUUCUCCCUGUACCCACCCUGCAUCCCAGACUAUAUCAUGCACUGACUACUAUAACUGAGUCAGAUGAGGAAGAGUCACUUAUUUGAUAAAGAUCUUUUCACCUGCUGCUGUUGAUUCUACAAACUUCAAGACUUACUACAAAAAUGGAUAGUGUAUCAUUUAGGGCUACUGAUGCAAUGAGUUAAUGCUAACACACACAGCAAAAAAGUAAAAGCAAGUUGUAUACGGUAGUUCCUGGUUACUUACUGGAAGAGGCAGUGCCUUCAUGAAUAAUAUAAUCUAAUUGCUAGUUGAGAUUAAACAAGAUUAUGAUCUCAACAGCAAGACCUGGUCCAAGUUAGGAUGAUCCUCUCUGUUGUCUUAGCAAUGGUCAUGUCUUACAUGUCGAAAUAUUGCCCCCACACCCAGGAAGACCAGGAGAUAGUCUUUGGCAGAGACAGAAUCAAGGUGAAAUCUAAUGGAUCAGGACAUAUUGGCAGGAUCUUCUAGAUCACUUAUGGGUGGAAAAACUAACAGGUUUGUGGGUGAAAUCAAUAUUUAUUGGGCAGGCUAUGAAAUUCAUCUAUUACUUUACACCCUAAUAUUGGUUACAUGUCAGAUUGUGAUUUCAUUGUUUGGACUACUUGUACCUCAGUAGCACAGCAGAGGUAGAUAUGCAACAUGGCAAUAAUAGCACAAAGGAAGAGAGUAAGGACAAACAGGAACGCAAGUAUUUGAAAAAUACCAAAUUGCAGUUUUCAAAUUCCAGAUGUGAACUAUUACAAAGAACUAUAAGUACAACUAGACAAAGAAGUAUCUGGACCUACAAACACUCCAAUAUUAAUCCUAGACCCACAAUCCAUCCCCCUCCCCAGACAAUUCAAUACCUUUAGGAAAAGAGUUGCCAGGUUUCAUUAUCUGACCCAAAACCUUUUUCUUGGGUUCUUCAGAGGAAGAAGUUAAAUAUCAGGAUGAGAUGCUCACAUUAAGGGCCAGGUUAUUUUCUUCCUAGUUUGAUAAGAGCUUUUGAUAGUAGCCCCAUGUCUCAUAAGCUCUACACCUGAGACACCACACCAGCCAUAACCAGACUCUCUCUGUCCUUGACAGGUGCUGUUCCUUACCUUUAAGAGACACCAGUAGUCUCUGUCCCUACCUUACAC